AUGUCUGGUCGUGGUUUGCUGGCCUCUUUUAGGACACUGGGUCGCCUUCUGCAAACACCGUCCGAUAACACUCUCAAGAUGAAGGAAUCGGCAUACCAACUACACGAUACACACCCGAUCAGGUUUAAUGAGGGGCCUCCUUUAUCUACCCACUUUGCCCAUGUGCAUAUGCCCCCUCCAGCCAUGGUCAGCGCCUACUGGACCUACAAUGGCGGCCUCGUUGCCUCUGUGACUGGAGCACCUCCUUCUUGGUCAGACACUCCUCUCAUUGUUGAAUGGCCUGCUUUCCUACAAGAUGAUCAGGUGUUUAUGGUGUUCUACUCCAAGCGAUCACUCGACGAUUGUCUGUUAUUCAGGGACCUCAAGCUCAUGACUGGGCCCAACACCAUUAAAGGGGGCACAUGGGGAUAUCAACUCAAGCCCAACAUAUCCAGUCAUCAUGGGUCAGGCUUGAAUCAUUUUUAUUCUCGGUAUACGAGGCCCUCAUGGCCAACCAUCCUGACUGCGAUGCAUUCUCCCUCAUCCCAAACCCCUCCCGUCCUUCCUGAUUCUAGUAUCAGUCGACCCACCCAACUGCUGAUGUCGCCCUCCAAGAAGCACGGAAAUCUCGCACUGCGUUCAAAAGCCUCGUCGCCCUCUGCUCCUUUGCCCUUGCUCUGUGGUUGA